AUGGCCUCGACAGACCAGCCUGCGCUCUUCUCGCCCGCGCCAGGCGGGCCGGACAAGCGGACAGUCGCGUACUUUUACGACGACGAUGUGGGAGCAUACGCUUUCAACCUGGUCCACCCCAUGAAGCCUCACCGGAUCAAGAUGGCGCACAACCUCAUCACCAACUACGGGCUCGACAAGCACAUGGACGUGCUCAAACCCGACCGCUGUCCGCCGCACGAAAUGACCCGCUUCCACACCGACGAGUACAUCGACUGUCUCGCUCGAGUAACGCCAGAGACGUUUGACGAGAUGACGGGGCACGGGCAGCGGUUCUUGAUCGGCGAGGACUGCCCGCCUUUCGAAGGUUUAUUCGAGUUUUGCUCGAUCUCAGCCGGCGGCUCCCUCAGUGCGGCACGACGACUGAUCGAGGGCAAGGCCGACGUCGCGGUCAACUGGGCGGGAGGACUGCAUCACGCGAAGAAGCGAGAAGCGAGUGGGUUCUGCUACAUCAACGAUAUCGUGUUGGCGAUUCUCGAGCUUCUGCGAUAUCACUCGCGCGUCCUGUAUAUCGACAUCGACGUCCACCACGGCGACGGUGUCGAAGAAGCCUUUUACACGACCGACCGCGUCAUGACCGCCUCGUUUCACAAGUUCGGCGACUUCUUCCCCGGUACUGGUGCGGAGGGCGACAAGGGCCGAGGGAGGGGGAAGGGUUACGCGGUCAACUUCCCGCUCAAGGACGGGAUUGACGAUGAGAGCUAUCGGAGCGUGUUCCGGCCGAUCAUGCAGGCAAUCAUGGACUGGUAUCGACCAGGCGCGGUCGUGCUGCAGUGCGGCGCCGACUCGCUGGCAUCCGACAAGCUCGGCUCGUUCAACCUCUCGAUGAACGGUCACGCCUCAUGCGUCGCCUUCAUGCGUACCUUCAACGUCCCGCUAAUCAUCGUCGGCGGCGGCGGCUACACGAUCCGCAACGUCGCCCGAACAUGGGCGUACGAGACGGGCAUCGCGUGCGGUGUCCAGAUGCAGCGCGACCUGCCUUUCAACGAGUACAUCGAGUACUUCGGCCCCGAGUUCAAGCUUGACGUCCCGAGUAACAACAUGGACAAUGCCAACUCGCGCGAAUACCUGGACAAGACUGUCGCCUCGAUUCUUGAAGGUCUCCGCAACCUCCCUUUCGCCCCUUCCUCCCAGCUCCACCAAGUCGGCGCCGACCUUCCUCCCCUCUCGACCGACACGACCGACGACGAAGCCGACUCGGACCUGGACGUCCGACUCUCCUCCCGCAUCCGCUCGACCGCGCGCGCCGCAACUCGUCUCUCCGCGGCGGCAGGCGGACCCGGCGCACACCUCGAAGCCGAGUACGAGAGCGACGACGAAGAUCCCGACAGUCACUGGCGGCGGAAGCGCCGACUCGCCGAGAGCUACAUCUCGAGCGCGAGUCAGCGGCGGCGGGAAGAUCUGCGCGAGCGGAAGAGGGCGCUGGCGGAAAAGUUGGCGGCUGCGGAGGACGAGUGUGCGGCGGGAAUGAUGGAUGUCGAUGGGGAUGCGGCGGAGCACGAGGUGCGGAGACCGGUCAAGAGGACGUUCUUCAAGCCGAGCAGGUUGGACGUCAAGACGCUCCUCAAGGGUCCUGAUCCGGGUUUGCGGCGGCUGGGCAUCGCCGAGAGCGAUAUCAUGGCGGCGGGACCGGCUGGAAACGGCAUCACGAGGGAGUGGGACAGCGUGUAUGGCUUGUAG